AUGGCGUCGAAGAAGGCGGCGGACGCCAUCUUCCCGCUCAACAUCAACGUGGGCAUCAUGGGCCACGUCGACAGCGGCAAGACGUCGCUCGUCAAGGCGCUGUCGACGACGCUGUCCACGGCGGCGCUGGACAAGGCGCCGGAGUCGAAGGCGCGGGGCAUGACGCUGGACCUGGGCUUCAGCAGCUUCAGCGUGCCGCUGCCGGACCAGCUCAGGGCCGGCGUCGCCGGCCGGUUCGACGAGGCGAACCUCCAGUUCACGCUCGUCGACUGCCCGGGGCACGCGUCGCUCAUCCGGACGAUCAUCGGCGGCUCGCAGAUCAUCGACAUGAUGGUGCUGGUCAUGGACGUGAACAAGGGCAUCCAGACGCAGACGGCCGAGUGCCUCGUCAUCGGCGAGAUCACGACGAGCGAGCUCAUCAUCGUGCUCAACAAGGUCGACGUCAUCCCCGAGGCCGAGCGCGACGCGACCGUCGCCAAGACGACGAAGCGCAUCCGCCUCCAGCUCGCCUCCAGUAAAUUCGCCAACGCGACCAUCGUCACCUGCGCCGCGGCCGUCGGCGGCGAGAAGCGCGCGGCGGCGGCUUUGGGGACCGCGCCGUCGCUCGGUUUGGAGGGCUUGGUGGAGACGCUGCGGCGGCGCGCGCGCAUGCCGAGCCGCGACGUCGAGGGCCCCUUCUUCUUCGCCAUCGACCACUGCUUCCCGAUCCGCGGCCAGGGCACCGUCGUCACGGGCACGGCGCUCCGCGGGGCCUGCGCCGUCAACGACAUCGUGGAAUUGCCCGAGGUCGGCCUGGAAAAAAAGGUCAAGUCCAUGCAGAUGUUCCGCAAGCCCGUGAAGAAGAUCGUCUGCGGCGACCGCGCGGGGUUGUGCCUCUCGCAGCUCGACGCCGCGGCGAUCGAGCGCGGCAUCGUCGCCGCGCCGGGGUCCGUGCCGGGCAUCAACUCGGCUUUGGCAUUGGUGCGCAAGGUGCGCUUCUUCCGGGGCCCCUGCGACACGGACCGCAAGUUCCACGUCACGCUGGGCCACACGACGACGCUCGCGACGGCGUACUUCUUCGGCGCCGCGGAGCUCGCCGCGCGGCCCAAGCCCGCCGAGCCGCCGACGGCCUUCGAUUCGUCCAGGGAGUACGUCUUCCAGGAGCAGCUCGCGGCGUCGAAGCGCAAGAAGGGCGCCGACGACGACGGCGGCGACGGGCCCGGGCCGGGCAGCGACCUGAACGACGAGCCGCUCCAGUGGUGCCUGCUCAAGUUCGAGACGAGGGUGCGCUGCCAGCUCGACGCCUUGGUCAUCGGGUCGAACCUGGAGGCCGACGCCCUCGCGGACAAGUGCCGCAUCGCGUUCCACGGCAAAUUGGUGGAGCGCGUCGACGGCGACGCGUUCGCGACCAAGGUGAAGCUCUACAAGCUCAAGCGCAAGGAGGGCCUGGUCGCGAAGCUCGGCGACCCCUGCGUCGACGUCACGGGCGCGCGCGUCGUCAAGGACGUCGUCGGCAAGGACCUGUUCAAGAAGGAGACGAACAUGGCCGCCUUCGUGGGCAUGAAGCUGCAGGCGGCCACCGGCGAGAUGGGCCGGGUCGCGUCCGCCUUCGGCAAGAGCGGCAAGUUCAAGGUCGACUUCCCCGGGGGUACUUUGGUGAAGCCCAACGGCAAGCUCUACCUCGUCUUCAAGAAGUACGUCUUCUCGCCGUCCAAGGCCAUGCACCAGGACGACGACUGCCGCGUGCCCAGGGACGAGCUCGAGCAGGCGCGCGCGCCCAAAAAGAAAACGCCGGCGCCCGACGCGCCGCCGUCGCCGGGCCGCAAGAAGAAGGCCGCCGACGCGCCGCCGUCGCCGCCGCCCGCGCCGCCGCCUCUUUCGAACGACCGCAGCGGCACCGUCGAGCGGCACAAGGGCGACCCCAUGGCCGGGACCGCGCGGUACGAGACGAUCAUCGCCGAGGGCUUCUUCACCGCGGAGGAGGACCAGCGCGUCCACGCGGGGACCAAGGUCACGGCCGCGAACGGCGACGUCGGCUCGUUGGUCGGGCCCUUUGGCAAGGCGGGCAAGUCGAAGGUGGCCUUCGCCGACGGCACGGACGCGGCCGUCGGCUCGAAGCUCGCGCUCGUGCUGGGCUCGUCAUGA